ACGAACCUCCUCUUUUCCUCCGACUCCGCGGGGCGCACGCAUCCAUCCACGCUACGGUUAGUUGCUGCCCUGCUCUGCUCAACGAGACCCCCUCGCGUAAAGACCAGCAGGAUGGCUCGCGAAACCCAUCUCGGCGCCGACGCCGACGCCGUCGCCGCGCCCAAGGCCAAGAACCCCGAUGCCGGCGACCCGGGGGCCCUGCCGGCGCCGGACGGCGGCCAUGGAGGGACGGGCGGCCGCAACAAGCUGUCCCUGGUGCCGCUCAUCUUCCUCAUCUUCUUCGAGGUCGCGGGGGGACCCUACGGCGCCGAGCCGGCGGUGCAGUCCGCGGGUCCCCUCUACGCGCUGCUUGGCUUCCUCAUCUUCCCCUUCAUCUGGGCCAUCCCGGAGGCGCUCGUCACCGCCGAGCUCUCCACCGCCAUGCCGGGCAACGGCGGCUUCGUCCUCUGGGCCGACCGCGCCUUCGGGCCCUUCUCGGGCUCCCUCAUGGGCACCUGGAAGUACGUGUCGGGCGCCAUCAACGGCGCCGCCUUCCCCGCGCUCUGCGCCGACUACCUCGCGCGCGUCGUGCCGGCCGUCGCGGGGGGCGGGCCCCGCGUCGCCACCAUCGUGUCUUUCAACGUUGCGCUCUCGUUCCUCAACUACACGGGCCUCACCGUCGUGGGAUGGACUGCCGUCGGGCUCGGCCUCGCCUCGCUCUCGCCUUUCCUACUCAUGUCCGGCAUCGCGCUGCCCAAGAUCCGCCCGCACCGCUGGGGCGGCGUCGCCGGGGAGAAGGACUGGAAGCUCUUCUUCAACACCCUGUUCUGGAACCUCAACUACUGGGACAGCGUCAGCACCAUGGCCGGCGAGGUGGAGCAGCCCGGCAAGACGCUCCCCAAGGCGCUAGUGUCCGCCGUGUGCAUGACGUCGCUCGGGUACCUGCUGCCGCUCAUGGCUGCCACCGGCGCCAUCGACGUGCCGUCGGAGAACUGGGGGAACGGAUUCUUCGCCGACGCCGCAGGCAUGAUCGCGGGCCGGUGGCUCAAGUACUGGAUCGAGGUGGGCGCGGUGCUGUCCUCCAUCGGCCUCUACUCGGCGACGCUGAGCAGCGCAGCGUUCCAGCUGCUGGGCAUGGCCGACCUGGGCCUCCUCCCGCGCGCCUUCGCCGUGCGCGCUCCGGUCUUCAACACCCCCUGGGUCAGCAUCGUGGUCACCAGCGCCAUCACCCUGGGCAUGUCAUUCUUCAGCUUCAACAACAUCGUGGCCGCCGCCAACUUCCUCUACAGCCUCGGCAUGCUCCUCGAGUUCGCCGCCUUCAUCUGGCUCCGCAUCAAGAGCCCGGACCUGUCGCGCCCGUACCGCGUGCCGACGCGCCUGCCCGGCGCCGUUGCGCUGUGCCUCGUGCCCUCGGCGUUCCUCGUCUUCGUCAUGGCCAUCGCAGGGUGGAAGGUGUACGCCAUCAGCGCGGCCUUCACCGCGGCCGGGGUCGGGGUGUACUACCUCAUGCGGUUCUGCAAGGCCAGGGGUUGCCUCAAGUUCAGCCCCGGCGACGAGGUGAUGGCGUACCAUCGCCAGGACAGCAGAAAUGGCCAUGUCUGACGAUCUUUUGCUUGAGUCCUGACAUGUUGCUUGCAAGCUGUACGUUUGCAUAGGAAUUGAUUGUGUUAUUUUAUUGUUCAUGAAAUCCAUGAUUCUCUUCGAGUGUCUUUGCUAAUUGUUGGAAGCCUCUGCUUGCUGAAAUUGCAAGCUAAUUCAAGAUUAGUGAACACAACAAUUGUAUGUUCAGUAUCUCCACAGAUGGGAGCUCUUUCUUGCUUGAGCGUGCUAA